AACGCAAAAAAUCAGAAGAAAAAGGGAGAAUAUUUUCUAAGAACUGCCGUUAUUUUCCACCCUUCUCUCGGCGGCGAAGACCAACUCCUCCUCCCCUUGCUCUCUAUAUCCCCAAUGGCAACUACGCUCGCCGCCUCGUGUUCCUCGCCCCCUCUACUCCGCCCCAUGUCUCUCCUCCCCCGCCUCCGGGUCGGCCUCUCCCUUCCCCUCCGCCGCCGCCGCGCGCUCACCGCCGUCGCCGCCGCCGUCCGGCAGGACGCCGCCACCUGGACCCAGGCCCCUCUCAGCCUCGUCGCCCCCGCCUCUGCCGACGCCUCUCUAUUCCACGUCUCCGUCGACGUCUCCUACGCCCCCGACCUCGCCGUCUCCUACACCGUCCCCGGCCAGUACCUCCAGCUCCGCGUCCCCGCCUCCGACAAGCCCUCCUUCCUCGCCAUCGCCUCGCCGCCCUCCUUCGCCAGCUCCCGUGGCGAGUUCCAGUUCCUCGUCAAGAGGGUCCCUGGCUCCACCGCCGACCUUCUUUGUGGGCUCGGACGGGGGGAUGUCGUCGAGCUGAGUGCAGUCAUGGGGAAAGGAUUCCAGGUCGAGCGGAUCUCGCCCCCCGACGCCUUCCCCGCCGUCCUUAUCUUCGCCACCGGAUCCGGAAUCAGUCCCAUUCGUUCGCUAAUUGAAUCAGGUUUCAAUGCAAAUGAAAGAUCUGAUGUGAGACUUUACUACGGAGCUAGAAACCUUCAGAGAAUGGCAUAUCAGGAUCGGUUCAAGGACUGGGAAUCUACUGGAGUUAGAGUCAUACCUGUUUUAUCACAACCUGAUGAAAAAUGGAGUGGUGAACGAGGCUAUGUACAGGCUGCAUUUUCAAGAACUAAGGAGAUUCUAAAUCCUUUAUUGACUGGUGCUGUGCUUUGUGGGCACAAACAAAUGGCUGAGGUUUCCUGUUCUGUCGGUACUAAGAAAAGGGUGGCCCAAUGCACAAGGCUCCCACUAUUUGGGGACGUCAACGGUUGCCGCCUUACCCCAACAAUCAUAGAGGCUAUUUCCGUACUGAUUCUUGAUACCUUAUUUCAUAGCUGUCACUUGUAUCCUGCCUGGCUUGUAUCAGUGGACUCCUCUGUUGAUCACCAUGUUCAGCCCCGUAAACCAACUCCCAGUAGUUUGUCAAGGAUGGACCAAGACAAAUUCAAGUUCGAUGGUAGAAACAAUCUCCCAGAUACCUUAACUCUAGUAAUUAACACUAAGACAAUUCACUUUUCAUGAUUCAUCUAAAAUUAUGCCGUAUACUUACUUCUAGUAGUUUGAGAAUCUCAUCCUCACCAUGCAUGAUCUAGGCCCUUUUAUUUCUGUAAUGAUCUUCUUCACACCUAAUGAAUUGCUUGGUUUGGACUCAAAACUUAGCCACUAUUGAGUGCUCAUUUUGAUUGAUACAGUUGUCUUAGCUUCCAUUUUUUUAUGGAACAUGAUUGUCAAUAAGCAGCGACUUGUUUUGCUAUGACACAUUAGGUGCAUAUUCUGCUGGUGAUCAUCUGCUGAUGCCUCAGUAUGUUUUGGUACAAUUGCUUUAUGAACCUGUUUGAUCUUGUCAUCUAUA